AUGGCCCCUUGGAAUCUCCUCCUCCUCCAUCAUCUGGUGGCGAUCGUUCUGCUGCCAUUGUUGCCGUCCUCUGAGGUUUGCAGGGCGGUGGCAGCGUGGGAGGACGUGGAAGGUUCCUCCGGCCGGAGAAUUCUGCACCAGCCGCUCUUCCCCGUCGACUGGAACUCGCCGCCGGAGGGGAUCUCGUACUCUCCUCCCCCCGAUCAGGCAUUCUUCGACGCCGCCCCUCCUCCGCCUCCUGUCACCGCCUUCAGCUCGACGUCGCCGGUGGUGACCGUCGCCGCCAAUGUCUCCUCCGCUGCUCCCCGUUCUCGGCCGGAAUCGGGAAAGAUGGUGGUGAUUGGAGUGUCGGUCUCGGUCGCCGCGGUGGUGCUGGUGUGCCUCUCUGUUCUCCUCCUCUACAGGCGGAGAGUCCGUCGUCUGCCGGGAACAGAGAAGUUGAUCGGCCCCGGCAGUGGUGGUUCCCGCCGUCUCACGGCUCCCGGCGGAGGUGACGGCCGCGCUGCCUCCGACCUCUUGUACCUCGGCAUGAUCGAGCCGUCCAGCCGGAGGCACCCCGUGGAAUCCUCCAACCGUUCUCCUUACCGGAAGCUGGAAUCUAUGCGCGCUCUGGAGUUGGUUCAUCAGCCGAGCCCCGAGCUCCAUCCUCUGCCGCCGCUGACGGCGCCGCCGCGGCCGCCGGAGAUUCCGGCGGCGCUGUCCGACGACGACGCCUUCUACACGCCGGAGCGCUCGGCGUCGUCCGUCGCCAGCGAGAGCCCCUGCAGCACUGUGUCACGGAAGAGCGUCACGGCGGUGGCGACGGGGAAGGAGAAGAAGACGGCCUGCGCAGUGGAUUCGUCUCCCCGUUCCAGAAGAACUUCAAGGAGCCGUCUCUCGAAUUCUGCUCCCUCAGAAACUAGGCAUCCCCUUCCGUCACCGGCGACGGAGGCGCCUCCACCGCCGCCCCCGCCACCGCCACCGCCACCGCCACCGCCACCACCACCACCACCACCACCACCACCACCACCACCACCUCCUCCACCUAGAAAUAUCAAACCACCAGAGCCCCCUCCAUCGCACCUCAGACCACCAUCUUCGGAAGCAUCUGUCAAGCCAGUGCCGGCAGUUCGGCCUUCCUCUCGGUGCCAGUGGGUGAAACCACCAACCCCUCCUGCACAGAAACCUGUCUCUGUCACAGGAUUUGAAGGUAAUGGCGGCCACAGAUCUUCUUCUCAGUCGUUUGACAGAGAAGGGGACGACAUGGGCAGCGGUGAGAAGCCCAGGCUGAAGCCUCUGCAUUGGGACAAAGUACGAGCGAGCUCGGAUCGUGUGAUGGUCUGGGACCAGCUGAAAUCCAAUUCAUUUCAGUAAAGACUAGAACCCUAACGGAUUCCCCUUAUCUUCCAUGCAUUGGCAUCCCACGCAUUUUGCUCAUUUUUUUAUCCAAUUGGGAACCUUCUCAGGUUGAAUGAGGACAUGUUUGAGACUUUAUUCUGCAACUCUGCAACUCCUGCCCCAAGGGCUGUGAACAGACGACCAGUUCCCCCGCCAUUGAAGCAGGAUAACAGAGUUUUGGACCCCAAAAAGUCUCAGAACAUUGCGAUUCUCCUGAGGGCAUUGAAUGUGACAUGGGAGGAGGUUUCUGAUGCACUUCUGGAUGGUGAGUUCUCUGUUUCUGUCGCCCACUCUAUCUGAGAUUCCUUGCUGAUAUGUGGAUCAUCAUUUCUCUUUCUCCACUGGAAUCAACCUAUGGAAAAUCUUCACAGAUUUUUAGACAGUUAUAGGAGAAUUCUAGCGAACUGACAGAAUCGGCCAUGGCUGCACCUCAAGCAUGGUGAUCAGAUGAAUGAUGCGAGGCUGUAGCACUUUUGGAAAACCCAUCUUGAAAAGGGCAUCUAUCAGUGUCAUUUUUUUUCCCUAUGCAUGGUUUUUUUCAACUAGGCUUAUCUCGAUCACCAGACAAGAAAAAUGCAGGUUCGAAUCCUUAAAAGUCAACGCUUUUAUCCCCCGCAUCCACCCUUUUCCUGCUCUGUUCCAGAACAUCAAACUGUCCAGAGUUCUGCUAUCUUGUGUUCUCUUUAUUGAGAAACUCUCGGGAAUAUCCUCCCAAUAAACACUGGGAUCUAAAGACUGCAAAUGGAUCUAUAUUUUUUAUAUUAUUUGCGUUUUGUUGCCUCUUUGGUGCGAUCAGCUGAUUGUACCAUCACCCCGAAAAUUCAUGUUUCUCUGCAAUUAUGCCAGUAUUGUUUCAUAAUUCCUCUAUUUCCAUGCCGGUAAUAGUGAGUGAGUGAGUGAGUGAGUGAGUGAGUGAGUGAGAGAGAGAGAGAGAGAGAGAGAGUUCCUCUAACCUUGGUCAACUCGUGCAACAGGCAGUCCAGACGGCUUGGGCGUUGAGCUUCUGGAAACAUUGGUCAAGAUGGCUCCGACCAAGGAGGAGGAACUGCGGCUUAGAGACUACGAGGGCGAUGUAUCGAAAUUGGGUUCUGCGGAGCGCUUCCUGAAAGCAGUGCUCAACAUACCGUUUGCAUUUAAAAGAGUUGACGCGAUGCUCUACAGAGCUAACUUUCAGUCGGAAGUUAAAUAUCUGAGCAAGUCUUUUGAGUCUCUAGAGGUAAGAGAAUCUUCUUGGCCGUUGACUUUUUCCCGGGGGAGCCAUUGGGUACUCAUAAUCGCUGCGCAGUUUCUCCCAACAGAUUAUUGAGUUUUUCUCAAAAAAUGCUCUUUUCCAAUGAAGUUUAUAGAGUAGCAUCCGGAUAUCAUGCUCUUAGCGAGAAAAAUAACUAUAUUUAAAUUAUUUAAAGCUAUAAAUUCAUGAUAGAUCCCAGCAUCAUUUGACUUGAAUCUGUUUUUUUUUUUUUUUUUUUUGGUGGUACGAAUGCUGUGUUUGUCAACUGCGAGAUCCUGAAUAGGAUCACCAUGUGGGUGAGAUCUUUCUUGUUGACCAGUGGAGAUUUUUGGUCAACCGAUGUGACAAACCCCUUUUUCCCGUUAAUCUGCGUUUGACCAGGAUUCACCAUGAUCUUUAGAUCUUUGGUAGUCCCGGUCAACGUCAGCCCUCUAUUCUCGUACUUCUCUUAUCUUCUCUCUGCUAGCUAAUAAUAGAAACAAACUCUAGCGCCUGACAUUCUCUCUCUCUUCUUCUUGGUUCCCCAGGCCGCCUGUGAAGAGCUGAAGAGCUGUCGUCUGUUCCUGAAGCUCCUCGACGCCGUCCUCAAGACGGGCAACCGGAUGAACGUCGGCACCAACAGGGGGCAGGCCACGGCAUUCAAGCUCGACACCCUUCUGAAGCUCGUCGACGUGAAGGGGACCGACGGCAAGACGACGCUGCUCCACUUCGUCGUCAGGGAGAUCCUCCGGUCGGAAGGUGGCGGCGGCGGCGCCGCCGCCGCCGAGGCCGAUCUCAGACAGCGGGGGCUGAAGAUGGUGGCCGGGCUGAGCAAGGAGCUCGCCAACGUCAAGAAGGCGGCGGCCAUGGACUCGGAGGUCCUCAGCGGCUACCUCUCGAAGCUCGAAUCGGGUCUGGAGAAGAUCAGGCUGGUUCUGCAACUCGGCAGGACGACGAGCUCACCAGGGAGGUUCUUUGAGAUGAUGAGGGUUUUUCUGAAGGAGGGGGAGGAGGAGAUCCAGCAGGUGAAGUCCGAGGAGAGGCGGGUCCUGCACCUGGUGAAGGAGAUCACAGGGUACUUUCAUGGCGACACCAUGAAGGAGGAGGCCCACCCUUUCAGGAUCUUCAUGGUCGUGAGGGACUUCCUGCUAGUGCUGGACCGCGUUUGCAGAGAAAUCGAAGCGACGAAGCCGGAGAGGGCCACGCCUGGGGCCCCCAUAUCGGCCGCACAUAGAUUCAGGCCCAGGCAGGACGACACCUCCGACGAGGACAGCUCCUCUUCUUCUUGA